AUGAGUCAGGCGAAACCAGAGGAGCCUAAGCAGCUUACCAAUAAAGAAUUGAAAGAGCUUAAAAAGAAGGAGAAGGCGGCCAAGCGGGCGGCGCAAAAGGAAGCUCUGGGGAUCUCGGCGGAGAAGCAGCAGUCUAUGGCUCAGGAAAAAAUUGAAAAGGCUAAGAAGCCCGAUACUGCCAGCCAUCUCAAAAAGCAGUUGGACUCAACCGUGAUCAAGGAUGACUCCAAGAAAAUCCCGCUGAUGUUCUCUCACCUUGAGACCCGUGAACAGAGAAACGCCCUGCUGCCGCAGAUUUCCUCGAUUGUCCACCCCGAAAUCUUGACCCUUACCCUUAAAUACCUGACCUACAAGAUCGUGGGGCUGACGGCUCGUUUAGUGGCGAUGCUUCGAGCGUUUCAAGUGGUUAUCGGCGAUUACCGCACCCCCGCCGACACCUCCUUGCUGAGACAUUUGACUGGCCACUUGGGUAACCAGAUCGAGUACUUGACCACUGCCCGCCCACUUUCCAUCUCUAUGGGUAACGCCAUUCGGUGGUUGAAGCAAGAAAUCUCCCACAUCCCUAUCGACGUCAACGAAGAAGAGGCUAAAGCGCUGUUAGUCGAGAAGAUCGAGGACUUCAUCAGAGACAAGGUUGAGCUUUCGGAUAAAGUGAUCGUGGAAAAUGCGAAGAAGCACAUCACAGAUGGUGCUGUCAUCAUCACCUAUGGUCACUCGCAAGUGUUGCAGGACUUGUUCAUUCACUGUGCCGUCGAAGAAAACAAGAAGUUUACCCUUAUAGUGGUCGACUCGAGACCUUUAUUCGAAGGUAAGCGUUUAUUGAACGCGUUGACGGAUACUUAUGCUCCUGGUCAAGAGUUACCCAUCGCGAAGACCCACAUUGAUGUCUUCUACACGUUGAUCAGCUCGCUUACCCUGGUUCAAGUGGAAGGUGCGCUGUGUGUGUUCUUGGGAGCUCAUGCCAUGUUGCUGAAUGGUAGAUUAUACUCGCGGGUCGGUACGGCGAUGAUUGCCAUGAUGGCUCACUCGCGGAACGUCCCUGUGCUCACUUGUUGUGAGCUGAUCAAGUUCAGUGACCGCGUACAAUUAGAUUCGGUGACGACCAACGAGUUGGCUGACCCUGAAGAUUUGGUACACAACAUCGACACUCAAGAACCUCCACAAAAGAAAACUUUUGCUUUGGAACAAUUCCUCAAGAGUGCUAACGAAAAGGCAAAGGCAGAACAGAAACCUCAACAGAAGAGUAAGAAAGACGCCAAGAAGGAUGCUGCUGCACCUGUGGUGGACGAGAAGGACCCGCUUAAAGACUGGAGGCUGAUGAACAAGGUGACGGUGCUUAACAUCAUGUAUGAUUUGACUCCGCCGGAAUACAUUCAGAAGGUUAUCACAGAAUUGGGGGCGUUGCCGCCAUCGUCGGUGCCAGUGAUUUUGAGAGAGUACAAGAACACAUAG